AUGUCACUAAUUGCCAGACAGAAAAAUCACAUUGUUGCCAUUAGUUUAAGAAACGAAUUGCGAGGUUCAGGACAAACUUUACCAGAUUGGUACACAUACGUACUAAUAGGUGUUACUGACACAGUUCAUCAGACAAAUCCAGAUAUAUUAAUUGUUAUCUCUGGUUUGAAUUAUGAUUUAGAUCUUUCAUUUAUUCGUUAUACACCUGUACAAGAUUUGUUACCAGAACCGAUAAAAUCGAAAAUUGUUUAUGAAGGACAUUGGUAUCCAUGGUCGAAUUACGGGCAUUCAUCCGAAUGUACAAAAAUGCAGAACAGAGUUGAGGAUGCUUGGGGUUAUAUCACGACAGAAAAUGAAAAAUAUACUGCGCCGAUAUGGCUAACCGAAUUCGGAACAAAUGUAGAUAAUUUUGUAGGUGAUAAUUACAUCAAUUGUGUUAGCCA